AUGUCUAGCAGCUUCCAUAAUCAAAAGUGUUUUAUUGAAAUUUUUGAUUUAGAUGUGGAUAUCCCUAUCUGGGUUGUGGAUCUCCGUCAUGAGCUGACUCAUGGGAAGCUGCCCCGCUUGGCUCUAUGCCGCAAGGGUUGUGAUGUUGUGCUGGACUGGCUACGAAAGACAUAUUGGAGCCGUCAGUUGGGCAGUAAUUUGUGUGAGGAAAGUGAAGAGGAGGAUGAGGAAGAGGAACAGGAAGAGAUGGAGGCAAACACAGAGUUGGGCAGUGACGCAUGGGAGAUUCAAACCCCACAGCAUGAGGUCUGUCAGAAACAUAAGGAAUUCCAUGAAAAAGUCAGAGAUGUGUUGAUAUCCUACAAAAAUGAGCAGUUUCAGGUUAUGCAGGCAGUCCAGUCUGUUUCAAAGUCUCGAGAACUGUGGUCUAAUUCUUCUUCAGAAGUGGACUGGAUUCUGGCUCAGAUCAAAGACUUAAUGCAGGAGAACAGGGAGACAGUGGCUGAAGUUCUUCUCAGUGAUGGCUUUCUCAUUCCAACAAUGGAUUGUCUGAAGAUGUUAAAUAUAAAGUAUGAAGCAAAUAAAGAGGUAUGGCAGUUCAAAAUUCCUCAGACAUUUUACUGCUUCUGGCAGCCCUUGCUGACAAGCAUCCUUUCCCGAAGUUUUACACAGACCCUAAUAGACAAAAUGUUCAUGAAGCUGAAGGAAUGUUCUGACUCUUCAGAUCUGCAGUCUCAGUUCCUGAUCAACUGGAUUUCUGAGAUGCUGACUAGCAUUGCUAGAGUUAACAGUGGGAAGAAAAGACGUCGCUGUAACAAACAAGCAUACAUGAAGGAAUUGUUCCUUCAAAAAGUUCCUUUGCAGUGGGUAAGACUGACUGAUAACUGCUUGGAAGCUCCCUGCUGGGCAACCCCACACCUCCUUCAGCUGAUCCUCACAAGCAUGAGACCUCGUUUGCCACGUUCUUCACGAAAGAAUCUUCUCUAUCUCACAUCCAUUUACACAGAAGAAGGUGGCCCUUUGUCCACUCCAGGCCUCUCUUCGGACUGCAGCAAACAGCCAGUUUACACUAUAGAGAGUCUACAGUGGAGGGCUAGGCUAGAAAAUCAGGUCAAAAAUGAAGGGCAGACUAUAGAGAAACAAGAUGAUGUACAAGGGAGAGAUGAUGGUGUAGAGGAGGUAGAGGAGGAGGAAGAAGAGAUAAGUGAAACAAAUCGUUUGGAAGGACUUGCUCAUUCUAAUAUCAUGGUGGCUAUUGCUGAGAAAAAGGCAGAGCUGCAGGGGUCUGCCUGGCAGAUUGUUGCAGAUGAAGUGCAAUGGAAGGACUUUCCUCUUGGGAAACUCCCAGGUCAGACAGAUGACCCUGAUAGUCUCAUGUUGGAUAAUUACACUAUGAUGUCUCUGCUUGAUCAACCAGUGAAAGAUGAGUGGAAGUCUUCCACUACAAAAUUUCUAGAUUGUGGGAAUACAAGAAAAACUGUAAACUGA